AAGUCGUAUUGGGUAUUCGUGGAACAGAUGAAAUAUUUAAUAUUUUGUCAGAUACCGGCCUUUUUGUAGCAGCAUUGACGAACAAACCUGUAGUAGUUCCUGACACACCUCAAGUAGAAUAUAUAGCAAGAUACAUUCAUCACUUUAAUUUAAAUGCAAGUGCUGAGGAAUUGCAACAAUUAGGUCAAAGGCUAAGGGAAUUUGACCAAGAAGUUGGCACAUCUAUGAAAAAUUGGUACGGGUUAUAUGCCACAUCCGCAUUGGCUGAUGCUUCUAUAGUAUUAAAAAUCAUCGCAAGCGGUGCAAUAAUUGGUUUGAGUACUUCUGCUUUAAUGAAAUUAAAAGAGGAUACACAUCGUAAAUUAAUCGAAAGAUUAGAAAGUCAAAAGUGUCGCGAAUCGAUAGAAAAAUUAGGCAAUACUCUUAACACGUUUAAACAGCAACAUUUCCCUAAUUUUGCCUUUAAAAUUGUCGGACACUCCCUUGGCGGGGUUAUCGCUGAACUUUGCGCGGUGAAGAUUGGUGUAAAAUGCAUUACCUUCGAAAGUCUCGGUGCAUUGGAAAUAUUGGAUCAACUUGCACAAUAUCAAAAUAAACCACGUAAUAUAAUUAACUUUUUGUGCGCUCCUAAUAUCAUUAAUACGUUAAAUCAUCACCCUGGUAAAACUUAUAGAAUCAAAUUGCCACAUACGGAUAGUUCUUUUUCUUUAUUACACGGCGUGAAUUGUAUUUUACAUACUACUUCUCGAGCACUCACCUUUGGCAGUUUGGGAAUGUUUACCCUUGGAAAAAGCUUAAUCAUAAAAGGCGUUGCACGUAAAGCUGGUUUAAGUGCAGUUGGUACGAAAUUAGCUGGAGGCUCUGGCAGGAUAUCAAUUGUUGAAAUUGAUUCUUGGCCUUGGGUUUAUUGGAAGAAUUUCGCUAACACGUUGUUGGAAUUUGCCAGGGAUUUUGUACCACUGCAAAAAGAUAAACCUGGAAUCAGAAAUUUAAUAGAUGAAGAGGGUAUGAGGGAAGCACAAAUAAAACGCAUACCAGGAUAUCGAGAAAAUUAA